CACACACCGCUGCUCACCGCACACACACAGUAACUGCUACCCGCUACCCAAACAGAGAGAGCAUAGCAGCAAGAAAAACACAUUUGCACACCCAAGCUCAACUACUACACAAAACAACUACUACCAUGCCUAAGGAAUCCAAGCCCCGUGCUGCGCGCAAGACCCCUGUUGCCAAGAAGGGUGCUAAGAAAGACCCCAACGCUCCCAAGCGCUCUCUCUCCGCAUACAUGUUCUUCGCUGCCGAUAACCGCGAUGUUGUCCGUACCGAGAACCCUGACGUUACUUUCGGCCAAGUCGGCAAGAUCCUCGGUGAGCGCUGGAACAGCCUCUCCGCAGAAGACAAGAAGCCAUACGAGGCGAAGGCUGCCGCGGAUAAGAAGCGGUAUGAGCAGGCGAAGGCUGAGUAUGCUGC